CGUGACAUCCCAAAAAACGGCUGCGGGGGAGACUACGUCAAGGGUCAUCGUUAAGGCUAUGCCUGGUGUACGUUUACAAUUUAACAUUAGCAUAAAACGUAAUAUUUAAACUUGGUGAAUAAUUUGACCAGCACAGAACGCAUCACUUCACUACCCAUGGCCUUUGGAGUGUUUGGAAACCUUCUUCGAUUACGGAGACUAAAGAGAUUUGGCAAGCUAUCAGUUUUCGUGCUUUUAACCUUUUCAAUCUCGUAUUUCGUCUUCAUCUUUCCUAAACACGGUCAAAAUGAUGGUGGCGGCGCUAGUGGUAGACACCAAGAAGCACGUGUGCGCGUACAUUUAGAUGGCGACAUUGAGCCCAGGUUAAAUGUUCGCAUUUGGCGAUCGGUGUGUGGUCCGAAUUUGGCGAAUUUACGACGGUCGCCGUUUUUUCCACGUUACCCCGAUGAGGAAAAGUUAAUGACAACUGACUUAUUUCAGAUUGAAGACGGCAGAGCGGAUUAUGGACAGCAACUUUUCGGGUAUUUACACCCGGCAAAGAGUGGAUCAUACCGCUUUGCGAUAGCCUCCGACGAUUCAUCAGAGUUGUGGCUCAGUCCAAGUGAAUUUCCCGAAGAGAAAUUAAUGAUUGCCGGUGUGUUUACCAAUGAAAGUGCAGCGUGGACGCAAAAGAACCAACUGGAUAAAUAUCCUGAACAACGUUCGAAUGACGUGAAACUUCGCGGAGGAAAACGCUAUUACAUCGAAGUAAUUCAUAAACAAGGUUCUGGCGACGGAUUUGAGCAAGUUUUUUGGAAACGGUCUAGCGGUGCAGAUUUCAAAGUGAUCAGUUCCGAAUACCUAUCGAGGUAUUCGAACCGAUCGAACAACACCCAGGUUACGGGGAAAAAAGAGUCGGCCCAUACCGUGCUUUCAGUGCAGUAUCACCAUGAAUACAAACUGAAAUCCAACAGAACAAGCAAUGAAUACCGGAAGUUCUAUUCACUGCCUUUGAUUCCCAAAGAUAGUUAUCUACCAACAUGUGAUUACAAGACAAGUUUUGUGUCAAGUGACAACAUCUAUCGGUACGAAGGUCAGAAAUUGGUUUCUGAAUCGAAUGUUUUCCCUGAUGAUGACACAAGCAUGGGCGAUCCGGGCUUUGUUUGGAACCGGCACAACCGUUUUGCCGAUAAAGAAGUGAUUCACUCGGUUGUGAAUAAAAUGGUGACUUCUCUUCGUCAAAGCACCUCCAAGGAUUUCUUUUUAAAGAGAAUCCACAAAGUUACGCAGAAGUCUGAUCCAGUUUAUGGUGAUCGCUUCUCUGUCGACGUGGAAGUUGGUUUACAGCAUAGCAUGAAAUCAUUUCGCUUGUCAGAGCACGUCUAUCAGAAGAAGGGAAGUGACAAGUUGUGUUUUCCAGAAGGAAUCAACUGGAACAGCACAGCUACGGUGUACUUCAUACUUCCUGUCAAAGACCAAGGACGAUGGGUCAAUCAUUUUAUCAAUGAACUCACUGUUGCCAGCUUAUUAACCGGUGAUACGAACUUCCACGUCAUCGUUGUGGACUUUGAAAGUCAGGAUAUCGACAUGGACAAAGCGUUUAACACUCCUCUGUUCCGCAGCAGACACACCAUUGUUAACAUGACGGGUAAAUUUUACAAGACACUCGCGCUAAACGAAGCUGUCGCGCGUGUUCCAAGCGAACAUGAUCUACUGUUUCUGUACGAUCUUCACAUCGAUGUUCCUGUGGACAUCAUGGACAGCGUCAGAAAGAAUACUAUUGAGGGACGAAUUGCUUAUUUCCCUGUGGUUGGUCGCCUCAACUGCGAGAGUACGUAUGCGGAUCACAGGGGCUUCUGGCAAAUGAAUGGUUUUGGCUUGCUUAGUAUAUACAAGUCUGACUGGACAAAGUUUGGUGGAAUGAACGCCAAGGAAUUCAGAUACAAAUGGGGCGGGGAGGACUGGGAUCUACUUGACCGAGUAUUGAACGCCAAGUUGGAAGUGGAACGGAUCAAGUACCCAGGCCUCUAUCAUCAUUAUCACAACAAAGAAAAGAUUUGGAGUUAACGUACUGUGCAACCGCGCCUGGAUCGUUUGGAAGCUUCUGUGGACUACGCACCUCUCAUACCAUCUCCCCGUUGUCACUUAUUCCGCGGAACAAUAAAUUUGGGUGUCCAAUCACUUAAAUGAUUUCAACGAGCAUCAAAUUUGACUGAUGUGGAGCUGUUGUGAGGUAUGAAGACGUGUUUGCUGGCGAACAUGGUCUUGGGGAGAAAAUUAAUGAGCAAUGAACAACAAACAUACCAAUUGGAAAUAUAAGUUAAUGGAAAUCCAAAAACGAUUUUGAAUUACUGUAAAUUGUGCGCGUAUAAAAUAUUUAUCACUAUGUCAUGAAAACUUGCCAGGACCGGAAGAAAAAGAAAUCACGGACCUAUUUGUGGUGUUUGCCUACCUGGAGUGUCUCAAGGUAAUCAACUCGACUUGCCGUUGCGGAGAAACAGAACCGCACCUUGUGAUAGAUCUCCGAGACAAGAGAUAGUCCGGGGGACGAACUUCAGGCUGAGCGAGGUGUAUACAAUAAAGCAGAGGGCAAAUGCACUACAGUUCGUUAAAGGAGCUGAGUUACGUCAUUUUCAGUUAAAAAUAGUACUUUGCUAAGAUAGAAAAACACCAAACAGAUAGGAACAAACCAUAAAGGAACAAGGAUGGUUAAGGAUGGAGAAGAUUAAAACGGAUUAAAAGCGACGAACUUGUAAAUUUAGGGUCGAUUUUUCAAGAUGUACAAACCGUGACAUAGCUCCUUAAACGACUUGCUGAAAACGAAUUCCGUGCUCAGUCAAAAAAAAA